CCAUUUUGUACCGCAGAUUCAUCCUACAGGAUCCGUUAAGAGCGCUUUCCAUCAUUCGGUUGGGCUUUAAAACCGUCGUUCCUCAGCAAACCGUUCACCCUCGGAACCCGGUUCCCGUCGGCUUACGCGUCUCCGUCCUCUCCAGCAGCAUUAGCUCGGUGUUUUUGGGGUUUUGAGGUGAAAUUAGAGGAAUAAUGUCGUCGGGAAGCCCUGAAUACUCGCCGUUCUUCGCAGUGAUGGGCGCAUCAGCAGCGAUGGUCUUCAGCGCGUUGGGCGCGGCGUACGGCACGGCGAAGAGCGGCACGGGUAUCGCUGCCAUGUCCGUGAUGCGUCCGGAGCUGAUCAUGAAGUCCAUCAUUCCUGUGGUCAUGGCGGGAAUCAUCGCUAUAUACGGGCUGGUGGUGGCCGUCCUCAUCGCCAACAGCAUCUCAGACAAGAUCACCCUGUACAAGAGUUUCUUGCAUCUGGGCGCCGGUCUGAGCGUGGGUCUGAGCGGGCUGGCGGCCGGGUUCGCCAUCGGCAUCGUGGGAGACGCGGGCGUCCGUGGCACCGCCCAGCAGCCGCGUCUCUUCGUGGGCAUGAUCCUCAUCCUGAUCUUCGCCGAAGUCCUGGGUCUCUACGGCCUCAUCGUGGCCCUGAUCCUCUCAACCAAAUAAACUGGCAGUCGGCGUGCAGCGCUGCCGGGCCGCGAGGCGUGGAACAAACGAAACGCAAAAACCAAAAAAAAAAGCGAAAAAAUCGAGAUUAAACGAAAUUAGAUGCAUCGAGAGAGGUGGGGGAAUAAUCCUGCGCGUUAUAACAGGCUCUGCGUUCGGGUUUUAUCUCUGAAGGUGUACAGUUGUCCCAGUUUGAUAGUUUUGAUUUCUUGUAAAUGCGGUAUAUAGUGAUUCUGUCCUGUGUCUGUGAAUAAAAAAAGAACAUAAUAAUAAUGAUAAUAUAAUAACGCUGUAAUAGAUCUCAUUCUCUGUUUGUUUUCACACCCCUCCUGCCUAUCGAUCUGUUAGCCAAUCACGCGUUCUCUUUCGCUCCCUUCAUGUUAGAGAGGGAAACACACGAACGCCUCCGGUUCCUGUCUCUUCCUGUCACGUGAUUUGGGAGUCGGUGUCAAAGAAGUGUUUGUGAAGUGGAAAAAAAAAACAACAAAAAAAAAACCGCACUGACGAAUCUGUAUGUGGAAUGGAGUAGCUUUUGUUAACGUCCUCUUUCGGUUUUUCCACCGAUUUUAUUUAUUGAGAAUAUUGUUCAUGAAAAUGUACUUGAAGCUCCUCGGAUCCUUUGAAUCGAUAUUUAUAUAAACGUAAAUAUAUAUAUAUAUAUAUAUAUAUAUAUAAAUAGAGAUCUAUAUAUGAGAUAUAGGUGCGCUGGCAGGGUUGCUGGCGAGUGCCGUCGUCGGGGAGUAUUUAAGCUCGGUGUGUGUAUUUCUGGUUGUUUCCUGUGUACAUCUGAUGUUUGGUUGUAUUAAAGGUGUGCGUGUGCCCCUCGACGGGUUUCACAAGUGUAAUUUCCACA